AUGAUGAGAAGUGGCUCCUUGAAUUCCACGUCCGUUGCAUGCGACGUACGCCUCGACGGUCGUUGUGAAGUCACCACCGGCGAACUUCUCCUUCUCGGAUUUGCGUCCCUUGACGACAGGGAUGGCGAGAAGUUCAUUGUAGACACCGGCGUAGAGAUCCAGAAUUUGGAAGACUUCCUUCUCGGCGUCGGCUGCGUUGGCGUAAGCGGUGUGACCCUCUUGCCACAGGAACUCGCGGGUGCGGAGGAAUGGAGUUGGAUGCUUGAAUUCCCAUCUCUGAAAAUAUAA